GUACAAUUGUCUCUCGCUUUGGCAUUAUUGGUCACACGUAUUCCAUAGCUUGCGACAAAGCACGGCAUCGCUGCUGCCGCAUCGCCACCCAACAAAUUGCAAAACCUGCAGCCCUGCGGACACUAGCAGCACAAUAUGGGCGCCCGCAGCGCAUUUGUCGCUGCAGCACGACGCCACGCGAUAGACGGAAACUGGCGCGGCUGCGCGCGGUCGCUGCUGCGCUGGCGCAGCGCCAUACGCAGGGGCGAGGCGGCGCGCGCGCGGCCCUGCGACGGCCGCGUCGUCGGCGCGGCGGUCGCGCGCGGCUGCCUGCCGCGCCUGCCGGACGCGGCCGCGACGCAGAGAAUAGCGGAGUACCUGGGCGAGGGCCGGGCGGCCCUGCUGGACCGCGCGCGCGGCGCCGAGGCCGAGACGCACGCGCUCGCGGCGCGGUGUGCGCACGUCGCGGCGGCGCUCGAAGGCGGCGACGACGCCGCGCGGCGCGCGGGCGCGGAGCUCGCGCAGCGCGCCGGCGACCAGGUCGCCACGAAGACGUUGGCCAAGGCGCGCGCGCGGCUGCUGCUGGCACUCGGCGACGCGGAGGCCGCCGCCGCGUGCCACGCGUCGAUGGACCUGCUGCCAUUCGCGGAUCAAAUAACAAUACGGCCCCUCGCCUCCAAGUUGCUUGCCGUGAAGGCGUCGCAGCGGCGCGGCGAGGACGUCGUAACAUCAAUAUUGCGGGCGUGCCGGCGCCUCGCGCGCGUCGCGCGACCGGGCGACGCGGGCGUCGCGGACUUUGCGAUGGACAUCGCUGAGACUCAUUUGGAGCGCCUGAAUCAUUUGGGAGCGGGCGCUUUGCUCGAAGUACUCUUCGCGAGCGAUCGGAGGCGGGACGCCGCGUUCGUAUUGAACCGAUUGCGCACCGAGGAGGCCUGGCCGCGGCCGACGGCCGAGAUUUUUAGUAUCGUGGUCCGCGACUUGAUUUUGCGAGGCGAGCCGGCCGAGGUCGUCGAGGACGUGCUGGUCCACAUGGCCAACGACGCCAUCGCGCCGACGCCGCGCGUCCUCGACGCGUGCCUCGCCGCGCCGCACGCCGUGCAGCUCUCUUUAAUACAACGCCUGCACGCUUUGUCGGGCGCGCGGCCGUCCUAUGACCUGUUCGUGGAGCGGUGCGUUUCUACGAAUCUGGCCGAGGAGAACUACGACGAGGCCCGGCGCGCGGCCUACGUGCUCGAGCAGAUGUGGCCCGACGCCGACGUGUCCUCAGUGUUCGAGGAGCACGAGGCCGAGCUCUACUAGCGCCCCACGCCAUCGACGCGACGUGCUUCCGUAGCUGCGUCUGCGCGAUGGCGUGGAGGCUCACGAAGGUCCACGCAAUAUUUCUCAGAUAGCCUAAUGUUGUUG